AUGAGCAGCCAUGGCCAGCAUGCACAGAUCGUCGUGGAUCUGCCAUCAGACCCAUCGUCUGACGCAGAAGCACCAUCCCUACCUUCAGAUGCUUCCUCCCAACCAGACUUGCCUCCAGAUGUAGGACCAGAAACAACACAGAGGCCAUCCGGUUGCCAAAACGGAUCCUGUUGCCACAAUGGAUGCCUGACCCUUUUGUCCGAAACAGGAGUAUUGCAGAAACAGGUAGACGAAUUGUCGAAAUGCUUGGAGAACCUGACAUCAGAUGAGGCGAAGCAGUUACGAUUUCAAUGUUUGUCGCAAUGGCAGCAACAAAGCACAGGAUGGAGAAGAUGGAAGGUGUUUGGGCAGACCUACCUCUGCAAAGAGGCGGUCCGCCAGGUGCUUGGUGUGUCACACAGAACAAUCAAUUCUUAUUUGAAACAAGCCCAGGAAGGAAAGCUGCGGCCGGACGAUAAGCUUCAACGCACACAGUCCCAAAGAGUUGCUUCCGCGGCAGUCGUUGCAAACAGCAUGUUGCAAUGGGUUUACGAGAACAUUGCAGAAAGUUUUGCAGAAGGGUCUCGGUGGCUCGGGGAAGAUGUAACCAGGACCAAUUCGACCUCCGCAAGCAGCGGCUCGCGCAGUCUUCCUUCAUUGACGGAUGUCAUUGCAGGGCGAGUGACUUCAGACCGGGAUGACUGCAAGUGGCUCCACCCUGGUACAACUUUGGCUGAGUUGAAAGAACUGGCGGAAUCAUUUUUGGAUUGUCGGUGCUCCUACUCCACCUUCGUGAGCUGCUACCACCAGAAUUGGUGGCGCAAGCUCAAAGUAAGAGCAGAAGGGCAUCACAGCAAGUGCAUGAUUUGCGAGAGGUUGAAAGAAUUUCGGAGGCAGGUGGUGUCAUCUGCAGACCAAGCGCUUGUGAAGUCGGAGCUUGAACAGCACAGGAAAGCUGUAAUGUGUGACAGGGAAGUGGAUCACUGGCUGCAAUCCAUGUCCAAGCUAGCCUGCGGGAUAGCUCCAGGUGUGCCGCAGUGCUCCCUGCUAUCCAUUUGCAUAGAUGCUAUGGACGCAGCAAAAUUCCGCUGCCCGAGAAAUGUUAGUGCAUCCAAGGAAUUUCAAGGUUUGUGGCGCCCGGAGAUUCAUCUCCUAGGUGCGGUCUCUCCUGUUUGCGAGCAUUACUUUUUGUGCGAUGCAGAUUUGAAGAAAGAUGCCAGCAUGCAAGUCACGGUUUUGUCUUCUGCCUUGGACAUUACAUAUCGCAAGUUGGCAGCACGAGGCCGUGAUAUGCCCACUGAGCUGCGCGUUCACACUGAUAACGCCACAGCUGAGGGCAAGAACCAAACCAUGCUGAAAUUUGCAGCAUGGCUUGUCAACAAGGGCCACUUCGAUCAGGUAAGCCUAACCCAAUUUCGGGUCGGCCACUCCCACGGGUUGAACGACCAGCGCUUUAGCGAGUGCCGCGAGGUGCUAUCUGCAUCCCCUGUCCUGGAAGAGCCUGCUGCUUACCAAGAAGUCUUACAGAAAGGCAUGGCGGCGCGUGAGAAGCGGGAUUUGGAUGUCCAGCUUCUGCAUGCCACCGCCGACUGGAAAUGUUUCUUUGAACUCCUGGAACUGAAUGUGUCUGGUCACACACAGACACAUCAGAAGAAGGUUGCUGGCAAGGAUGCCGUGCACUACUUUUUGUUGACGACCCGAGGGAGAUUGGAGGAGGAUGGGAUGGAAAGCAACCUGCAAGAAUUUCCGGGCAGCGUGGAGCGCCAUGACCGAGACAUCGUCAUGACAUGCUACAUGUACUUGAGUUCGGAUGUUCCAAGCCAAGAGCCGUUUGUGUUUGCGCCUCACGCUUUAUUCGCGGGGCUACCAGAGCGACCAACGUUCCUGGCGCCUCGCAAUGAGCUCACAGCAAGGCAGCAGAAGGAGUUUCAGAAAACUGCAGAGGCAAUCGCUGCACCGCCUUGGAACAUGAACGCGGGCUGCAGCUACUUGCUCAAAUUUUUGCAGGACAACAAGGACAACCAGUCCGAAGAUUGGCAGCCACUGCCCAUGGAUUGGGUGACGCUGCCAACCCGGGCGGUUGUCCAAGGCGCUACAGCACAUUUCCCAACCCUGCACGACGGUGACCUGAGCUUUGCUCACGCUGAGCCAAGCAAAGUUUCGGUCUCUGCGAAGAGAAGCCGUGUGGGUGUUGGGCGACUGGCUGCGUGCCUCCAAGAGGAACUUGGGCCACCUGCUGCAACGUGUGGCAAUGGCACGGCAGACGCCACCCCCAUCGAAGUGGAGCUACCUGCUCCAGCAGACGCUCUGCCCACUGAGGAAUGGGAGCUACCUGCUGCAACGCCUGGCAAUGGCACGGCAGGCGCCCCUCCUACAAUGUAUGGUCGUGAUGGGGCCCCUGCAAACACCGUCUAUGAACCUGUCCCUCCUGCACGGUUGCGCUGUGUGUCGUCGGAAGGCUGGUUUGGUCCUGAACGCAAACAGAACGGCAUGGGUAUACCAGGCUGCAGCAUGACUUGCUGCGUGUCCUCAGAAGGCAGAUCUGGUCCUGCACGCGGAAAGGUUGUAACAGAGCAAGCUCCCAUGUUCAUUGUAGCUUGUUCUCUUCAUUGUCUUCUUGAAAUCAUGGCGUCAUAUUCCCCCAUGGAUGUAGAUGAAAAUUCCGCCUUGACGGUGGAACCUUCGCGCUCUGGCAAGCGCGGUCGGAGGUUGUCUCGCCACCACACUGAUCCUGGGCCGGCGCUUGUGUUUGAGGUCAUCGCGGUGGACGACACGGAGGACGAGCCGCAGCAUGAUUUUAUGGAAGUGUUUAGCCCCCCGCGAGUGGCGUUUGCUUGUCGACGAAAGCAGCUGGUGGCAGUGCAUUCCAUCGACCUUCUCUCUGGCUACGACUUGACUCAGUUUGAUAGUCGCGCCCGAGCCCUGCGCUUGAUAGAUGCUUACAAGCCAAAAUUUAUCAUAGUCAGUCCCCCAUGCACAAUGUAUUCACAGCUGACCACCAUGUGGAACCUGAAAAAGUGGGACGAGGCAACGCAAAAGCAAAAAUUUGCCAUUGCCGAUUGCCUCUUGGAUUUCGCAAUGCAGAUCUGCAAGCGCCAGCUAUCCAACGGACGCUGGUUUGCUUUUGAACAUCCUGCCAAUGCAGAAUCAUGGAAACGACACACGGUUUUAGAGAUAGCAGCACAGCCAGGAGUUAUAUGCACUGGUUUUGACCAAUGUCGAACUGGCCUCAAAUGUCCAAAAACACUGAAGCCCAUCAAGAAGCGCACUACCCUCAUGUCCAACGCGGAGGGCGUGGCAGCUGAGUUUCAGCCUUUGCAAUGCACGUGCACUGAAAGCCAUCAGAGAAUCCAAGGGUCGCAGGAUGGCAUUCCUCUUGCCAGGUUUUGUCAGAAGUAUACACCAGAGCUUUGCGAGCACUUGGCAUGCGCUGUGGAAAGAACCGUGCGCCCUCAGCAGUGA